AUUGUUGCUGGGGGAGGGGGAGGUGGUGGGAUCACUAUGUCUGGACGGACUUUAGACGGUGAUCCAGGGCAGACCUCCACCAAUGGUAGUCGGUAUGGAGGAGCUGAUGGUAAUGGAGGACGUAUGUAUGACUCAGUGGCGAAUUCUUUUACAAGGAAUGGAGUUGCGGCAGCUGGAGCCGGAUUCUACACGGAUGGAGAGUCGGGGCCCAUGGGUGCCGGAGCCAAGAGCUUCAUUAAUGACGGAACUGGAGGUUCAGGGAGUUCAAGUGGAGGCUUUGGGGGAGGGGGUUUUGGUAAAGGGGGUGGGGGUGGGUAUUCAGGUGGUGGAGUCAUCGUUAAUCAAAAUCCCGAAGGAUGCGCUGGUGGCGGAGGCUCAUUCAAUAGCGGUUCUGAACAAGACAACGAGAGUGGCAUCAACAGAGGCGAUGGCCGGUUCAUGGGUACUGGACCCAAGAGCUUCAGUAAUGGUGGAACUGGAGGUACAGGGAAUUCAARUGGAGGCUUUGGGGGAGGGAGUUUUGCUUUUUCUAAAGCCCCAGGGGGUGGGGGUGGGUAUUCAGGUGGUGGAGUCAUCGUUAAUCAAAAUCCCGGAGGAUGCGCUGGUGGCGGAGGCUCAUUCAAUAACGGUUCUGAACAAGACAACGAGAGUGGCGUCAACAGAGGCAAUGGCCGUGUUACCCUCACCUUAUCUGAAUGAUCGUAAUAUGGUUGAAAACAAUAAAUCAUAAAUCAUAAUACAUAAAGUGUAUCAAUAAUUCAUGUAGCUGAUUGUGUAGUUUAUGCGGCACUUUAAACGUGCGCGUUUGGGCACGCUUUAGGCCUCUUGCAUCAGACAGACAGACAGACAGACAGACAGACAGACAGACAGACAGACAGACAGACAGACAGACAACUUUUAUUCCGAACAUUGCACUAAUAAUUGUACAUGAGCUCAGUUCCAAAUAAAUAUAUAUAUUAACACCCAUUC